AAUCCUCUAAUAAUUAGUCUCUUGUGUUUCAGGAAGGAUUCGGAUUCUCCCCACAGCUGGUAAGUUUCAGGAUUCGUGCUGUUAGACCUCAUGGUCAAAGACACGGCAUACCUGCCUACAGGUGUUUACAGAUUGUAAUCACAUUGAAUUCAUUAACAUGAACCCUUCUUCCUUGCAUUUUCAGGCAUGGGCAGAAUCAGAAACGCGGCUGUUGCUGUGACCCUGGACCCCAACACUGCCCACCCGAUGCUCCAGGUAUCACCUGACCUGGUCACGGUGCGCUGUGUUAAGGGGCGGGCGAUCACUUCUGUAGACGGAGGGGUUUCGGAGCCCGUCCUCUCAGUGAUGGGGAAGCCACCUCUCAGAGAUGAGGAAGGGAUCACCUCUGGCCGGUGCUACUGGGUGGUGGAGGUGGGCAGCAACUCUGAAUGGGACCUGGGAGUUGCCUCCAACGAUGCGGAGAAGAGGGCCAGGACCACACUGUGA